UAUGUAGAAAUUUUUAGGAAGCAAUGUUAUCAAUUGAUGCUUUGCCAAAUCUUGUUUUAAAUAAUGAUAUAAGUAAAAUAUUAAACAAAGAUAUUUUAUGGAAAAUAGAAGAUGAUUUUGAUAUUGAUGAAAAAAUAUCUAUUUUAUUUUUAAUGAUAACUGAUUAUGUGCAUAGUUUUAAAAUAAUUUAUGAUUUAUUAAAAAUACAUCAAGAAAAUAAAGCUUAUAUACUUACAGAAUUUAUAAAUAAAUAUCCUCAGAAUUGGAAAAAUAAAUUAUUAGAAGCUAUAUGUAUUAUACAAAAUUUGCAAAUUAUACGAAAAUUAGGAUUAUCUUUUAAAGAUUUAGAUUUAUUCUACUUACCAAAAAAUAGAUCAUUUUCUAGAUAUGUGAAUUUAACUGUAAAAUGUUUAUAUUUGUUAUGUGAAACUCUUUCUGAAGAUAAAAUAAAAUUAUUAUUACAUUAUGUCAAAACUGAUAUUAUUGAAUAUAAAGUAAAUUUGAAAGAUUCAGAUUUUCUUGAAUUACAUAUGUUAUAUUGGAUGCAAGAAAAUUAUAUUUCAAUAAAUUUAGAUGGUACAGUAAAACUUGAAAAUUUGUUGAAACAUUUGAAGAAAAUUGAAGAUUUAGAGUCCAUUUAUAAUGAUUUGAAAAACCUUGAAAAUCAUCGAAAUGUAGAUAUUCAACAUAUUAGUUCUGUUAAUACAUCUCAAUUACAAACAUUUUUUAUAAAAGAACAUAAAACUAUUUCAUCAAAUAAUGAAGAAAAUAUAAGAAAAAUAAAAAAGGGUCUUUGUAUUAUUAUAAAUCAAAUGUUUUUUGUAGGAGAAAAGUAUGAAACCAGAUUUGGAACGGAAACUGAUUGCAUGAAAUUAUUAGAAACAUUUAAAGGUUUUGAUUUUAUUACUAAAGAAUUUAAUAAUUUAAAAAAAGAUGAAAUACUUACAAUGUUAGAAGAUAUUCCAAAAACUUUUGGUGUUGAUUAUGAUUGUAUUUUUGUAUGCAUCUUAAGUCAUGGAUAUGAAGGUGGUAUUAUUAGUGCAGAUGAAAAAGAAGUUAAAACUGAAGAAAUUGAGUAUAAAUUUUGCAAUGCAGAAUUAAAAGAUGUUAUUAAAAUUGUUAUUAUACAAGCUUGUCAAGGAAAAAUAAUAGGACAAGUAGAAGGUAGUUUAGUUACAGAUGGUUCUAUAAAUUGUAAUAUUUCAAAAAAUAUUUUAGCAUACAGAAAUUUUUGUAUAUUCAUGUCAACUAUACAAGGUUUUGUAUCUGUGCGCCAUAAAGAAAAAGGAUCAUGGUUUAUACAAGAAUUUUGCAAUAUUUUACAAAGUGAAAAAAAUAAACUUACAUUUUUGAAAGCUGUUUCAAAAACAAUUGAUUUAGUAGGGAAAAAAAAAGGAGAAUUAAAUGGAAUAAAUUCCGUUGCUCAAUUACCCGAAAUAAAAUCAUGUCGAUUAUCUUCGGAUUUUCAAUUUCCAGAAUAUCGAGCAUAAGUACAAAAAAAUAAAAAGUAAUAUUUUCAACAUAAAAUAUAAAAUUAUAAAAUGCAAUAACAUAUGUAUAUUUAACAAAAUUAUUUUGUUAAUAAAAAUUUCUAUCAUCUAA